GAACCAUCUUCCAAAUUUUGUCAAUCAAGUCAACCAAUUUCCAGAGACUUGCUUUGGAAUGGACUGAAGCAACUCCAUUGCUGUUUCCACGAUUAUAUAUAUGUAGUUUCCAAAAUUCUUUUUGCUCCACUCUGCAGUUUGCAUAUCAUCUUCGUAAUCAUGUUUUACAGUAUAAUGAGUGGUAGAUCUGUGCAUUCUGUUUUGGUUGGGCUUGUGUGCCUGGCCCUUGCCUCUGCUAUUUGUUGUUCAAGUGUUGGAAGCUCCAACAAAAUUAUGUGCUUGGAGAGUGAAAGGCAUGCUCUUCUCCAGUUCAAACAAGGCCUUGUGGAUGAGUCCAAUGCUCUUGCUUCUUGGGAAAACAAGAAAGAUUGCUGCAAGUGGAGAGGAAUAGCGUGCAACAACAAAACAGGUCAUGUCACAAGACUUGAUUUCUCCUUUAUAUCUUUCAAUUAUACUGAAGUUCCUUUAAGAGGUGAAAUUAGUCAUUCACUACUUGAAUUGCCAUAUCUAAAUUACUUGGACCUCAGUUAUAAUGAUUUUGGAGGAAUGAUCAUUCCCAAGUUCAUUGGCUCUUUGAGUCAAUUGAAAGAACUCAAACUUGCAGCUGCUGAUUUCAGUGGACCUGUUCCUCCCCAACUUGGAAACCUCUCUAAUUUGCAUACUCUUGAUCUUUCCUUCAAUGAUUUUGAAGGAAUGAUGGUUCCCAAAUUCAUUGGCUUUUUGAGUCAAUUGAAAGAACUCAAACUUGCAGCUGCUAAUUUCAGUGGACAUGUUCCUCCCCAACUUGGAAACCUCUCUAAUUUGCACACUCUUGAUCUUUCCGGGAACCAUGAUGCUAGUUCUGAAAACCUUGAGUGGUUAUCUCAUCUUUCUUCCUUGAGAUACUUGAACAUGGCAUGGCUGAAUUUGUCUGAGGCUGUGAAUUGGCCACAAUCUUUAAGCAAGCUCACUUUACUGACAGAGCUUCAGUUAUCCCAGUGUAACCUUCCUGAUGUCAAUCUAAGAUCACUUUCCUUUAUUAAUUCUUCCACCUCUCUUCAACUCCUUGACCUCUCUUGGAACUCUCUUAAUUCUUCAAUAUUUUAUUGGAUAGCCAAUGUCAGCAGCAACUUUGUCCAUAUUGAUCUCUCUUUCAACAAUCUCGAAGGUCCCAUCCCAGAUGUCUUCACAAGCAUGCUUUCUCUAGUAACACUACAUCUGUCUUCGAAUCACCUUGAAGGCCCCAUCCCAGAUGUCUUCACAAGCAUGCUUUCUCUAGUAACACUAGAUCUCUCUUACAAUCAACUUGAAGGUGGGAUACCAAAAAGCUUUCAAAACUUAUGCAGCUUAGAGUCAUUGACCUUAUGGUCAAACCAAUUGUCUGAAAACAUUGAGGACUCUGUUGAAACCUUGUCUUGUGCUUAUAACACACUUGACACCUUGAUCUUGGGUUUGAACCAAUUUUGGGGGUCCUGGCCAGAUUUGAAACGUUUUUCAAAGUUAAGAGAGUUAGAUCUUUCCAUUAAUCAACUAAAUGGCUCUGUAUCCGAGAGUGUCGGGCAACUCUCUAGCCUUGAAUUUUUAUCUCUCCGGGGGAAUUCUUUCACUGGUGUCAUAACAGAAUCCCACUUUCUGAACCUCUCUCGUUUACAGACUUUGGAGCUUUCUGGUAAUCGUUUCUCUAUCAACCUGAGCUCUGAUUGGAAUCCACCAUUUCAACUUGGUUUGUUAGGCAUGUCCUCUUGCAAGGUGGACCAAGCUUUUCCCAAGUGGAUUCUAACGCAGACAAAUCUUACUCAGCUUUAUCUCCCUAAUGCUGAACUAUCAGGAAUUCAGGAUCAUUACCUAAUAAGUUUUGGGAUCUAUUUUCCGGCUUAUAUGAAUUAGAUCUCUCUAUGAACCAAAUCCAUGGAAAACUGCCGAAUCUGUCAUCGACAAGCUUAAGUUUUGUUAACUUGUCUUCUAAUCUACUUUCUGGCGCAGUGCCAUCAUUUUCUCCUAUGCUAGAAGAGAUGUAUCUCUCGAAUAAUAGGUUUUCAGGACCUUUGUCUUCCUUAUGUGCAACGCAGUCUCCAUCUUUAAGGUCUGUUGACAUUUCUGAGAACCUAUUGUCUGGGGAGCUUCCUAAUUGUUGGAUGCAAUUUCAAGAAUUGCAAGUGUUGAAUUUGGGAAAGAAUAAAUUAUCUGGAAAAAUACCAAGCUCGUUAGGCAAUCUACAGGGAAUUGUGAUAUUGCGUUUACAUGAUAACAACUUUUCAGGAGAAUUGCCUUCUUUAGAGAACUGUACCAGAUUAUCGAUAGUUGACCUUGGCAACAAUAACUUGUCGGGAAAGAUACCAACAUGGAUUGGCCAAAGCCUACCAAAGUUGGUGAUUCUACGCUUACGGUCCAAUGAGUUCAAUGAAAUCAUACCCUUCUCCUUGUGCACUCUAGCUGUCAUUCAUGUAUUGGACCUCUCUCACAACAACAUUUCCGGAGGCUUGCCGCAUUGCUUCAAUAACAUCAGCCAAAGCGCUAAUAAUCAUCAUAUCCAUUACCCUUCGUUCACUAGUGUGUUAGUUAAUUCAGAACUCGUGUGGAAGGGAAUAGAAAGAGAGUUUGGGAAAAAUCUUGAUGGUAUGAGAAGCAUUGACAUGUCAAGCAACUGUUUGAUGGGGGAAAUUCCGCAAAGUAUAACAAAUAUGACAGAGUUGAAAUCACUGAAUCUGUCAAGAAACUAUUUGACAGGAAAGCUUCCCGAAAACUUUGGUAACAUGAAGAUGUUGGAAUCUCUUGAUUUGUCAAGAAACCAGAUAUCUGGUAAAAUUCCUACAAGUUUAAUUUGCGAGCUUAAACUUUCUUAGUGUCUUGGACUUAUCACACAACAACUUGUCAGGAAGAAUUCCAUCAGGCACCCAACUUCAGGGUUUUAAUGCUUCUGCAUAUAUGGGAAAUCUUGGACUUUGUGGACCACCGCUGACACCAAAUUGCUCACGAGAUGGAGCAACUCAAGCUGAUGAUAACAAAGAACAUGAUAAUGAUGGUCUCAUAAGCCUGGGAUUUUUUUUCAGUGCUGUGCUGGGAUUCGUCAUUGGAUUUUGGAUGGUCUGCGGCAGUUUACUGCUUAAGACUUCUUGGAGAUAUGCUUAUUUCAGAUUCCUGGACAAUGCAAAAGAUUGGAUUUAUGUCAAAACCGCUGUGUACAAGGCAAAAGUGCAAAGGAGACUUCAAACAUAAAUGGAGAUUCUGGCAUUCGAGGAAAUGAACCUAAUGAUCCCGGAAGUGGAAAGAUUCAAGGCUUAAUGUUGAAGGUUUUCAGAUGUCGUUGCUUUCUCUUUCAGCAAGAAAUAAUUAUUAUGCUUUUAUCCCUUGAGAAAUGUGUGUGAAUAAUGGAUUGUAUGUAGUAUGAGCUGGUAUCACUUUUAUUCCAUCUUUCUGGCUGUAAUUUAAACCUAGCUUUCUCGAUUGAUUUCAAAAUAAUUACCUGCAAUUAUAUAUUGUUCCGUUCCAGAGCAUUUCAAUUAAUCUGAUCUAUUCCAAUCAAACUUCAGAUAUUUUAUUACUCUGCAUCUAUGGGGAAUUUUGGACUUUGAAGACCACAGCUAACACUUAAGUCCCCGAAAUAUGCGACUGCUCAAGAUCCCGGUAUCUCUAGUGGCAGAGGAAAAACUGAUGGUAUCAGAAACCUAGGAUUUUAUUACGAU